AGUGGAUGAUAUCCAUUUAAGGUAAAAUGAUCAAACGGCUGAAAUGCGUUUGAUCAUCUCCACUCUCUACUCAUCUUCUUGAUCCCCAAUUGGGUGCAGGUUUUUGCCAUUAAAACCAAACUCUCACAUUACACACUGUUAGAAGAGAAUUUGAGAGAUUCGGCUACGGAUCUGAAAACCCAGAUCUCAAAAUCUUUCAUUUCUCCUUUCCGAUCAUAUGGCUAAUCGAUCGCAUCUAGGGUUUCACGUAUGGAUCUGCGUUCUUCUUCUUUUAUCCAUCCAUGGAUACUCCUUCUACCUCCCUGGUGUCGCACCCCAGGAUUUCUAUAAGGGAGAUGUUCUGAGGGUAAAAGUGAACAAAUUGGCUUCUACAAAGACUCAACUCCCAUAUUCUUACUACUCUGUCCCUUAUUGUCGCCCAAAUAAAAUAGUUGACAGUGCUGAAAAUCUUGGGGAAGUUCUUCGUGGUGAUCGUAUAGAAAAUUCUCCUUAUGAGUUUCAAAUGCGAGUGCCACAAAUGUGCAAUGUUGUAUGCCGAAGAGUAUUAAAUGAGAAAACCGCCAAAGAAUUUAAGGAAAAGAUUGAUGAUGAGUAUAGAGUUAACAUGAUAUUGGACAAUCUACCUUUGGUUGUUCCCAUGACAAGGCUGGAAAAGGAUUCACCUGUUAUAUAUCAGCAUGGAUAUUUUGUGGGACGCAAAGUACAGUAUGCAGGAACAAAAGAAGAAAAGUAUUUUAUCAACAACCAUUUGACAUUCACUGUGAAGUUUCACAAGGAUGUGCAAACUGAUUCUGCAAGAAUUGUAGGAUUUGAAGUUAACGCAUUCAGUGUUAAGCAUCAAUAUGAUGGUGAAUUCAAUGCAAAAACCACCCGCCUAUCAACAUGUGAUGCUCACGCAAAACGCAUGGUCACAAGCUCCGAUCCUCCACAAGAAGUCGAAGACAAAAAAGAAAUCAUUUUCACUUAUGACAUUGAUUUCCAAGAAAGCGAUAUCAAAUGGGCAUCAAGAUGGGACACGUAUCUUCUAAUGGCAGACGAUCAAGUCCACUGGUUUUCAAUCGUGAAUUCCCUCAUGAUUGUUCUAUUCCUUUCCGGGAUGGUAGCCAUGAUCAUGUUAAGAACACUUUACCGCGAUAUCUCAAAAUACAACCAAUUGGAAACACAAGAAGAAGCGCAAGAAGAAACCGGAUGGAAACUCGUACACGGUGACGUAUUCCGCCCGCCAUCCAAUUCCGACCUCCUCUGUGUCUACGUCGGAACCGGAGUCCAAUUCCUGGGAAUGAUACUAAUUGCCAUGAUCUUCGCCGUCCUUGGAUUCCUUUCCCCAUCGAACCGCGGUGGUCUCAUGACCGCCCUUCUCCUCCUCUGGGUCCUCAUGGGUAUCUUCGGCGGGUACGCGUCGGCGCGUCUUUACAAAACUUUCAAAGGAACGGAAUGGAAAGCGAUUACCCUCAAGACCGCGUUUAUGUUCCCCGGAAUCGCGUUUUCCGUCUUCUUUGUGCUUAACGGUUUGAUAUGGGGGGAGAAGUCAUCCGGAGCGGUUCCGUUCGGGACGAUGUUUGCUUUGGUGUUUUUAUGGUUCGGAAUCUCGGUUCCGUUGGUUUUCGUUGGGAGUUACAUUGGAUUCAAGAAGCCCGGAAUUGAAGAUCCGGUGAAAACGAAUAAAAUCCCGAGGCAAAUCCCGGAACAAGCUUGGUACAUGAGCUCGAUUUUCUCGAUUUUAAUCGGUGGGAUUUUGCCAUUUGGUGCGGUUUUUAUCGAGUUGUUUUUUAUCCUAACAUCCAUCUGGUUGCAGCAGUUUUAUUAUAUUUUCGGGUUUCUUUUUAUUGUGUUUUUGAUCUUGAUUGUGACGUGUGCGGAGAUCACGAUUGUUUUGUGCUACUUCCAGCUUUGUAGUGAGGAUUAUCUUUGGUGGUGGAGGGCGUAUUUGACAUCGGGUUCAUCGGCUUUAUAUCUGUUUUUGUAUUCGGUUUUCUAUUUCUUCACAAAGCUUAAUAUCACCAAGGGCGUUUCGGGGAUUUUGUACUUUGGGUAUAUGCUGAUUGCUUCGUAUGCGUUCUUCGUGUUGACCGGGACGAUUGGGUUCUAUGCGUGUUUCUGGUUCACCAGGCUGAUUUACUCUUCGGUCAAGAUUGAUUGAUUGAUUAUGUAGUUUUCUUGAUGAUUUAUAGGGAGAUUAGGGGUGCUUUAUUGAUAUGUUUAGUUAUACGAAUUGUUUUUGGGUAAUUGGAUUUGGUAUUUGAUGAAUUUUUUUUUUUUUUGGAUAAUUUGUAUGUAGAGAUUUGAGGGGAUUAUUAAGGCAUCUUUUCGUUCUUGUUUA